UCCAAAAUCAAAUCACACUCCAUCUUCUUCCUACCUAUAUAAACAACAGAAAGGCUUUCUCAAACUCCCAAACCCUCACAAGAACACUAAAAUGCCUCUUCUCAACCCAUUUUCCUUUCUCCUCUUCUUCAUCCUCUCAACAUGCUGCGUUCUAAACCUUUCCAAUGCCACUUCUCGUGCCCCUAACCGCAUGUUAGCUUUGGUUCAGAACCAGCCACUUGUGUUAAAGUACCACAAAGGUACCCUCCUCAAGGGUAACAUCACCCUCCAUUUACUCUGGUACGGUACCUUCACCUCCACCCAACGCUCCAUACUCAUCGACUUUGUCCAAUCGCUAGCCUCCACCUCAUCGUCUCCUACCCCUUCUUCCGUCUCUUCGUGGUGGCGAACCACCGAGAGCUACAGGGGAGGUUCCUGCACCCUCGUCGUGGGGAGCCAAACCCUCGACGGUAACUACUCCCUCGGCAAGUCACUGAACACGGACAAACUCCUCGCGUUGGCGUCGAAGGCCAACUACGAGCCUCACGUGGUGCACGUGAUCAUGACAUCCGCUGACGUGGCGGUGGAGGACUUCUGCAUGAACCAGUGUGGGACCCACGGGUGGGGGAAGAGGAAUGACGGCGAGAGGGUGGCGUACGCCUGGGUGGGGAACCCAAUCACGCAAUGUCCAGGGCAGUGCGCGUGGCCCUUCCACCAACCCAUUUACGGUCCCCAAACGCCGCCGUUAGCGGCGCCCAACGUAGACGUUGGCGUUGACGGCAUGGUGAUAAAUUUGGCCACGGUUCUCGCGGGGUUGGUGACGAACCCGUUCGAGGAUGGGUACUACCAGGGGCCCCCGAGCGCGCCGCUGGAGGCGGUGUCGGCGUGCACCGGAAUCUUUGGGAAGGGGGCGUAUCCGGGCUACCCCGGGAACGUUCUGGUGGACAAGACGACGGGGGCUAGCUACAACGCCGUGGGGGUGCGCGGGCGGAAGUUUUUGCUGCCGGCGAUGUGGGACCCCCUCAGCUCCAGCUGCAAGACGAUGGUGUGAAAAGGAAUAAGGGGUGUGUGGAUAGAGUAUUUGGGUUUGUGAAAUGUGUGUAAGAGAAGAAUCAUUUGUAAGUUUGCCUUGGAGGGUUAUCAUUCUUCUUUUUUGUUUUA